GGACUUCUAGUAGGGCAAACAUUUUGACCGCCAUUAAUUGUGUUAGAAGCAGUUGAAUUGUCAGGAUCUUAUGAUGUAGGCCUACUUAACUAAUACAACAAGCAUCAUGUACCACAGGAUCAAGCAACAGGAUCAUGCCAUCAGGAUCCUUUGACAUACUGAAAUAAAACAGCAAGCAACAUGUACCACAGGAUCAAGCCAAUAGAUCAUGUCAUCAGUAUAAAGCCUUCAGGAACAAGUUAAAUAUCAACAAUGAGCAAAAAAACAGAGAAAGAAAACGCAGCUGGCUCCGGUUCCGAGGAAGAGGAGUUCUCUGUGGAAGAAAUCCUGGACAGGCGCUUCAAGAACGGGAAAGUGGAGUACUACUUGAAAUGGAAAGGGUACUCUCACGACGACAACACGUGGGAGCCGGAGGAAAACCUGGACUGUCCGGAGCUGAUAGCUGCGUUUGAGGAGAAGCGCAAGAAGAAGGAAGAAGGGGGCAAGAAGGAGGAGACUUCGGAGAAAAAGAAGGAAGACACGACGAAGAAGCGGAAAGCGACGUCAUCCUCGGACGAGAAGAAGUCCACUAAGACGACUAAGAAGGAGCCGCAGGGGUUCGCCAGAGGACUGAAGCCCGAGAGGAUCAUUGGCGCGACAGACUCGAGCGGGGAGCUGAUGUUCCUGAUGAAGUGGCAGGGCACGGACGACUGCGACCUUGUCCAGGCCAAGGUGGCCAACGAGAAGUGCCCACAGAUUGUCAUCAAGUUCUACGAGGAACGCCUCACCUGGCAUGACCCCUCAGACGAUUGAGCGUCUCAUCUCACUGUCACAGGGACCUUUUUUUUUGUAACCAAACUUGCAGUGCGUGAGUUGAAUGAUUACAGACGGUGUGGCUAGUAGCUGCUCGUGGUCAAAUUUAUUAUAGCUCUCUUUUAUCCGUAUGAUUCUUUAGUCUUUAUUUUUGGAUAAGUUAUCAAUUGGUUCUUUUAAAAAAAUUACUGAAUUUUGUAAAUUUCAUACUGCUGAAUCACUUUUUUUAAUCUCAUUUAUUUCUUGUAUUCAUUUAGAUGAAGGUACUGAUGUUUGUAGUGCUUAGUGAGAAUGAUUUCUUUUGAGCUCGAGCAAAAAUGAAAUUUUUUACUGUGGUACAUGUUGUAUUAUGCAAGUCUCCCAUAUUGUUUUCUUAGAUUUUUCAGUUUACCAUUUAUAGAUUGUGCUGAGUUUUUCAUACAAUAACAUUGAAGUGCUAUAGAUAGUUACUGUUUUUGAAAACAUACAUCAUAUGAGUCUGAGAAACUAGGAUAUGUUUAGAUAUUUGUGGCUCAUUGUGUUUUAUGAAACAGUAUUAGUUAUUUCACUGAAAGGUAAAAAAAUUAGUAUUAUGGCAAAAAAAAAAAAUAUUGUUAGUUUGUGAAUAUGCUGUAUACUCUGAAAAUAAAUCACAUGUGUAAUCACAUGUGAAAAAAUGGGUA